AAAACGUUCUUUCGGCAGAGGAACUGUAGCCCGCCAUUGUGUAGACACUUAAGCUCUAUAGAGAGACAGGGACACUUGGCUAACUCUCUAAGACAUUUCCUAUACCCUGCCGCAUUGACUUUAAGAAAGAAAAAAAAAAACGAAAUUAAAUACGCAGGCCCCAGGGAGAAGGAAAUGUCAGCCAGCAGCCUUCUGGGACAGGUAAAGAGAGGCACUUUAUGAACCUUUCACGAGCGCCGUAGCUAGCAGUGACUCUCUCUCUCUGUAGUGCAGUGCAGCGGUAGGCCUGACCACCUGCUGUCCGACUCACUGGUCAAUAUAAAUCUCUUUUAUUUUCCCCUCUUUUCAUCCUCACAACUCAAACCUUCAUGAAUCACCUGGACCCAAUCCAGAGACCGAAAGGCCAAGGAAACAAAGUGCAAAACGGAGCUGUUGCCCAAAAGGAGACUUUAAAUGAUGAUGAGUUCGAGCCUUAUCUGAACGCUCAGCCCAGACAGAGCAAUGCAUAUACGGCCAUGUCCGACUCCUAUAUGCCUAGCUACUAUAGCCCCUCCAUAGGAUUCACCUACUCGCUUAAUGAAGCGGCGUGGUCCACAGGUGGUGAUCCUCCCAUGCCCUACCUGGCCUCUUAUGGACAGCUUAGCAAUGGGGAGCACCACUUCCUCCCGGAUGCCAUGUUUGGCCAGUCAGGGGCACUUGGGAGCAACCCUUUCCUGGGUCAGCAUGGUUUCAACUUUUUCCCCAGUGGGAUCGACUUCUCUGCCUGGGGGAGCAGCAGCUCUCAGGGACAGUCCACACAGAGUUAUGCCUACGCACCCAGCUCACUCGGGGGUGCUGUGAUUGAUGGACAGUCUCCGUUCACCGCCAAUGAGCCUCUUAACAAGGCUGUAGGGAUGAACAGUUUGGACCAGGGUAUGGCAGGGCUUAAGAUCGGGGCAGGAGACAUGACACCUAAAGUUGUUGGUUCUGGACUUCCUGGAGGACCUUUGAAUCAGGUAUCAGCAGCACCCAGCAUGCCUGCACCUUCCAUCGCGCCUGCCAAAGUGGCGUCCUGGGCGGACAUCGCCAGCAAGCCUGCCAAACCCCAGCCUAAGAUCAAGACUAAAGGCACCUUGGGGGGCACGAACCUUCCCCCUCCACCAAUCAAACACAACAUGGAUAUUGGCACAUGGGAUAACAAAGGGGCGGUGCCGAAAGCAGCAACACCCCAACAGCCAGCACUGCCCACCAAUGGACAGCCACCCAAUCAGGCCUCCCCUCAGCCAGCUACACCUGCCGGAGGGGUGCCGCAGCUUCCCCUCACCAACGGACAGCUUGCACCCCCUACUGUUGCUUUAGGACAGCAUCCCCAGGCUCCUAAUGGGCAACCAGGUAUGGCUCCGCCCCAACUUCAAGGCCCACCCCCUCCACCACAACCUUCUCAACAGACCCGCUGGGUCCCUCCUCGUAAUCGUGCCAACGGCUUUGGAGAUGCAGCAGGUGGGGCCAGCCAGUCCCCUCCCAGUGCCGGAAUAGGUGGAGUCAGUGUGCCACCAGAGCCGCACCCGGUCCUUGAGAAGCUGCGCCUUGUCAACAACUACAACCCGAAGGACUUUGACUGGAACCCCAAACAGGGACGUGUGUUUAUUAUUAAGAGCUACUCGGAGGACGACAUCCAUCGCUCCAUCAAGUACAACGUGUGGUGCAGCACAGAGCAUGGCAACAAGCGACUGGACGCAGCAUACCGCUCUCUGGGUGGAAAGGGCCCCCUGUACCUGCUUUUCAGCGUCAACGGUAGCGGCCAUUUCUGUGGUGUGGCCGAAAUGCGCUCACCCGUGGACUACAACACGUGUGCCGGCGUGUGGUCGCAGGAUAAGUGGAAGGGUCGGUUUGAUGUGCGCUGGAUCUUUGUCAAGGACGUGCCCAACAGUCAGCUGCGUCACAUCCGCCUUGAGAACAACGAGAACAAGCCAGUGACCAACUCGCGUGACACGCAAGAGGUCCCGCUCGACAAGGCGCGGCAGGUGCUCAAGAUCAUCGCGGGCUACAAGCACACCACCUCUAUCUUUGACGACUUCUCGCACUAUGAGAAGCGCCAGGAGGAGGAGGAAAGUGUUAAAAAGGUGGAGGUCCAGGGGAACGACCCAUACUCGAGUAAUCCCAGCCGGAGUCACUACAGACUGCAGGAUCGUCAAGGACGUGUCAAGUAAAAGCCACUUCUCUUUGGGGAAAAAGACUGACAUGGUCCUGCUCUCCCCAACUAUACAUCCAGAUGUUUUCACUGAUUAUUCUGGGGAAAGACUUAACCAAGGAUUCAAAGCAAGAAAAAAAAAUGAAUGAAAAAAAAAAACCUAAAUGAAGACUCUUCUCUUGAUUUCUGUUGACUUAAAAGACUUACUUUGAACUUGUAGUAAAGGAAAAAAAAAAACGAUUAUUCAUAGGACUACAACUUAAUUCUAUAGGAUGCUUAGGUGAUCAUUUUCGCUCCUUUUUUCGUCCCAUUCUCCUUUUUUUUUUUGCUGCUUCCUCUUUUCUUCUCCCUUUUUCUUUUUUUUAACUGUUUUGUUUUUACAGUCCAAGAGCAAGGCUGGUCUGCCUCAUCACUAAAGUCUAUAGUGGAUUUUUUUUAGUAUUGGAUUCUAAGGCCCUGCCUGAACGGGCAGUCUGUUUCAUUUCUUUGUUAAUCUCUCCCCAGUUUUUUUUUUUUUUUUUUUUGUGUCAUUGGAAAUGAUCCCAUCAGGAUGCACAGUGGGAGUGGCCUUUGAGUGGAUGUUACAUUGUGAAUAAUUCUACAGUAGCCUGUGCAAAAUGUCAUUGCCUUUCACAAAAAAGGAAAGACGUCCUUAGCCCUUGCUUAUAAGAGUGAAAUCAUUUAAUCAUAAUGAAUAUUCAGGAUUUUUUUUUGUUUGUUUGUUUGUUUUAUGCCUGGAGGUAAGAGCGGGUUUUGGUCAGGACAGUUUAAGCAAACACCAAGAAAUGUUCAGUUUGUCAUUUGUAUAAUUUUUUAUGGUGUGCAAAAAUGGGGCUGUGUUUAAAAGUCUUCUCUGACCUUGUUUUUUGCCUUUUUCCCUUCAAGUUAACAAUGUUGCUAUGGGCUGCUCUCUUCUUGUCAUCCAUUUUUCUUUCUCUUCUCUGUUUCUUAAGUCAGCAGCGAGGUGGGCUGUGGACCCUCUCUUUCUAUUACUCAGUUCAUGAAAAUAAAUGUGGUAUACUCAGCACAAGA